CUUCUUUGCACUCCAUAUUUAUUCCCACCUUCAUUGCUGUCAUUUCCAUAUGCAUAUAGAAGUUACAAUAUGGAAUUUCAUCUCCUUUUCAUCUUUGCUUUAUUCCUUGUUGUUGUAAAUGGAAGUAAUUAUGGUGCUUUACCAGGAGAGAUGUAUUGGAAAUCCAAGUUCCCAAGCACUCCAUUGCCAAAAGCUCUACAAGAACUGUUGCAGCCUACUGCAGCUGCAGUAAACAAAAGUAGUUUGCCAAAAGUAGAGCUUAUUGGUUCACAAAGAGCAAAGAGGGCAACAUAUGGAGUUGGGUAUUGGACAGAACUGAAAACAUUAUUUGACAAGAAUGCCAUAUACAAUGAAACUACUAUAUACUUUUUAUACAAUGACCUCUAUCCUUUUAAAAAAAUGAAACUUAUAUUCACCGAGUCUAUGAGUGGAUCUAAGUUCUUGCCUCGUAAAAUAGCUCAGUCCAUACCUUUUUCAAACAAUAAAUUACAAGAAAUUCUGAACUAUUUCUCAAUAGAAUCCUCAUCAAAAGAGGCUCAAAUCAUGAAACAAACAAUUCAAGAAUGUGAAGCAAUAGGCAUUAGAGGAGAGGACAAAUAUUGUGCUACUUCUUUUGAAUCCUUAGCUGAUUUUGUCACUGCAAAGUUUGGCAAAAAGAUUCGGGCAUUUUCAAAUGAGGUAGAAGAAGAGAACAAGAAACAAGAAUACACCAUUUUGAAGGGAAUCAAAAUGAUAAGAGACAAUCAAAUAGUUUGCCAUAAGCAGAGAUAUAAAUAUGCUAUUUUUUAUUGCCAUACGAUCAAUGGCACAGAGGCAUAUAUGGUUCCGUUGGUGGGUGAAGAUGGCUCCAGAGCUAAAGCAGUUGUUAUUUGUCAUACAGAUACAUCAACUUGGAACCCUGAACAUUUUGCAUUUCAAGUCCUCAAUGUUAAGCCAGGAGGGCCACCAAUUUGUCACUUUCUUAAUAGUGACACAAUUGUUUGGGUUCCUAUUUGACUAAGGAAAAUGCUUCCAUGCUUUUUAGUAAUUAUAUUGCAGCCAUUUAAUGGAAGUUUGUGUAAUAAUAGCAUUACUUUUUUUAAUUGGUGAAACCUUUCUAUA